CAGGCAGUCAGCUGCAGAGGAGCAACACAACAGCUGCUACUACGACUUCACCUGUCAGCCAUGAAGGUUGUCAACAUUGGUCCAGAUCCGUCUCUAGCAUAUCGGCCAAAUUUGGAGAAGAAUGAAACCAAAGAGAAGGAAGACUACAGAAACUUUGAGACUGGAAGUCUAUUCGACCGCGUCUUCAACACGUACAAACUGAUGCACACCAACCAAACGCUGGAGUUUGUGAAGCAAAAGCACUCUGAAUGGACCGGAUGCAACCACACGAAGAUGGGGAUGAUGGACGCCGUCAUGUCUCUGGAUCAGGUGGUGGAUGAGUCUGAUCCUGACGUGGACUUUCCCAACUCCUUCCACGCCUUCCAGACAGCUGAAGGCAUCCGCCAGGCACACCCAGACAAAGACUGGUUCCAGCUGGUGGGUCUCAUUCAUGACGUUGGGAAGAUCAUGGCUCUUUGGGAUGAACCCCAGUGGGCCGUAGUGGGCGACACUUUCCCCGUGGGCUGCAAAUUUCAAAACUCCGUUGUCUUCAGAGAGAACAGCUUCCUGGACAACCCAGAUGACAAAAAUCCCAGUUACAACACUGAAUACGGAAUCUAUGCACCAAACUGUGGCCUCGACAAUGUCCUCAUGUCCUGGGGCCACGAUGAGUAUCUCUAUCAAGUUAUGAAGUUCAACAAGUGCUCCAUCCCAGAAGAGGGGUUGUACAUGAUUCGCUUCCAUUCCUUCUACCCCUGGCACUCCCAUGGAGAUUACUUGCACCUGUGCAACGACAAAGACCUGAAAAUGAUGCCCUGGGUCAACGAGUUUAACAAAUUUGACCUGUACACAAAAACCACCGAUCUGCCCGACGUCGACAAGCUGAAGCCGUACUACCAGUCUCUGAUCGACAAGUACUGUCCUGGAGUGCUGCAGUGGUGAAACAAAGAAGUCGACGGCGACUCCGUGUUGACAGAAAUCAGCCGACAAACAGCAUGAUUAUAAAUGUUGUGCUACACGAAUGGCUUCAUGUAUUGCUUUAACGCAACACUUUAACUGAACAUAUAUUAUUUAGUACUCAGAUCCUCGACUGAAGUAAAAGUCCUGCUUCCACAUUAUUCAAAUACAAGCAUUCAAAAACUUACUUGGAUGAAAAUUAUCAGCGAAAUGUACUGACGGUAUCGAAAGUAAUCAUUCUGCAGAAAAAUGUUUUACUGUUAUUUAUGAUGUAAAGUAGAAAAUUGCAUUACUUAAAAAUACAGCACUUAAGUAAAUGUACUUAGUUACAUUCCCCCACCACCACAUAUCCUUUAAUAUAUCAAGUUUCAAGCUACCUAGAAUAUGGCGAACUGCAAAUCUUAUGUCUUUUUACAAUUAUGCUCACGUAUUACUAUUCAUCGCAUACAAUAACACAUGUACAAAUGAUUAUUUUUAUUUUAUUGUAUUUUGAUGUUUAAAAAUGUUUUAAAAGACCUGCAGUGUUCUGUGUGGUGUUUCAUUUCUAAUACUUAAAAAAAAAAAAA